AUGACAACAACAAUUUCAAGUAAUUUACCAAGUCAAUUAGAAAUUUCACCAACCAAAUUAUUAAUUACUAAACAACCAAUUAAAUUAAGAGAAUCCACAGAAUCACCAUUUAAAUCAAUGAUGGAUACUUUUAAGAAUACAAUAAUUUCAACAUCACCAACAGAAUGUGAAGAAUCAUCAUCAUCGACUAUUACAACACCAAGUGAAGAAUCCUUAUCAUCAGGUGAAGAGUCAUCAUCAAUUUCAGAUAGUGAAUCAAAAAUAAUAACAAUAGCAACUUUAUUGAAACCAUCAAAUAGUGUACAAGAUUUUACACCAUUAUGUAACGGUGCACAAGAGACUGAAAUCGUUAAAAUUUCAAACUCAAUCAAUUUAUCGAAUUUCAUAAUUAAACAUUUAGUUGGUAAAGGUGGAUUUGGUAAAGUUUUUCAAGUGGUUCAUGUCGAUACUCAAAAGGUGUAUGCACUAAAAGUCAUUAAAAAGAAUCAUAUCAUCGCCAAGAAAAGUGUAGUAAAUACAUUAGCUGAAAAAGAUAUUCUAAAGAAGAUUUCACAUCCAUUCAUUGUCAAUCUUCAUUAUGCAUUCCAAAAUGAAAAGAAACUUUAUUUAGUAAUGGAUUUCGUUAAUGGCGGUCAAUUAUUUUAUCAUCUUCAAAAAGAAGCAAUCUUCUCCGAAGAUCAAGUUAGAUUCUACAUGGCUGAAUUAAUUUUAGCAUUGGAACAUCUUCAUGACUCAAAUAUAGUUCAUCGUGAUUUAAAACCUGAAAAUAUCCUAUUAGAUUCUCAAGGUCAUUGCAUUCUAACUGAUUUCGGUCUUGCAAAAUUAGAAGUUAAAACAAAUAAUGAAACAUUUAGUUUUGCUGGUACUUUAGAAUAUAUGGCACCAGAAAUGAUUCAACAUGCAACAUGUGGUAAAGCAGUUGAUUGGUGGAGUAUUGGUAUUUUAAUGUAUGAUAUGAUGAUUGGUAAACCACCAUUUGAACAUAAGAAUCGUGCAUUAAUGCAAGAGAAAAUCAUUAGUGAGAAAGCAAAAUUUCCAAAAUUCGUUUCAUCAUCUGCUCGUUCAUUAAUUAAUGGUUUACUCACUAAAGAUCCAACUAAAAGAUUAGGUGCAAAUGGUGCAAUUGAAAUUAAAAGACAUCCAUUCUUUAAAUCAAUUCAAUGGAGAAAGAUUGAAAAUAAAGAAAUUACACCACCAUUCGUCCCAUCAACUAAAGGUAUCGAUGAUAUUAGUAAUUUCGAUCACGCAUCUUUAAAAGCUCAUCAAAGAGAUUCUUUUUCAACUUCCCCAACUUUAUCAUCUUCUCAACAAGCUUAUUUUGAUGGUUUUAGUUUUGUAAGAACUCCAGUUUUAUUAGAAUCUCAAAAAUAA